AUGACAAUUAAAAUCAAGGUCAGCACGCUUCUAGCACUGUUUGGACUGAUAGUACCAUCCUUCAGUGCUCCUAUUCCCGUUGCCGAACGUGAGACCGCACCACGGCAGAUUCCCGGUACUAUCGAGCUUCCAAUUGACGUGAACCUGGGCACCAUUACGCUUGGUGGAGGAGUUACCAUCGACCUUCCGGGCUUUGAUUAG